GUUACUAAUCCACUAGCAUCCAAGUAAUGAUGAAAUUAUUAUAAUACUCCUCCGGUAAGCCACCCCCGCGUCUGAUUCGCUUCGCACUUGCCGACUCCUGGCAGGAGAUAGCGAUCGUUACGCUUUUUAUCUUCUCUUUUUGUGUGGAUACAAACCAAACCCUAGAGGAAUUGUCAGAGAGAUUGGCAUUGGGAUUUCCUCCCCUUCUCUUACAGAUCAAAUGCCAAAGAAAAGGGGUAAAAGAACUGUUAAUAAUCCAGCUAAUGCUGCUCCUGAAUCCAACCAGGAGGAGCCCCAGAAGGGUGCAGCGUCGGAGCAUGAAGAUUCUGUUGAACGCCAGAGUGCAGCAGUUAGGGCUCUUCGCGAUGUUGAGAUUGAACAACUACGCACCAUGAUACGUUUGCUAUGCUCUAACUUCAGCAAUGAACAGCUUCAAGUUCCAGUCUUGCAAUUUUUCAGAGAAAACCUCCCAAAUCUGGCAGUCUUGAGAAACGAGAAUGAUGGUACGUAUGAAGUGCAAUGGAGAAAAGAUGGGCGUACCUUAGCAAUGGACCAACUAGAUGGAAGAAAUAUACACACUUCGCUUCUACAGAAAUUAUCAGUUAUUUAUCCCAACUGCUCUACUGCAAUCCCAUCUUUUGGUGGGUUUGAGUUUUCAAAUAAGUCAGUGACCAAUGUAUUUGGGGAAAAAGAUCUCCAAAUUAAGGGUUUGGUAUUAGAAGAACCAGUUGAGACUCUACUGUUUGAUCAGCAGGAUCCUCUCCAAACUCCGGCAUUUCAGGUACAUAACAACCGGUUAUCUGUUGGUACAACACCAAAAACAUUGAGGUUUCCCAAACACGGGGAGAUGCUUUUAUCAGUACAUGGUUCCCCCCUCGGGGUUUACAAGGAAGACAUGGAAGCAAUACACGAAUCAGAAGAUGGUUGUGCUUAAGUGAUUUUGGCCCCGUUGUAUUCCAUGGGUUGGUGUGGAAGGCAUUACUAUUCUUUAUCUGAUCGUGGUUCAUUCAAGCGUUAGGCGUUUAUGCCACAUGAUAUGCUUUUAACACAUUAUAGUAUGAUUGUUAUUAUUACUAUCCCAAUGGAAGGGAGUGGAUUCACAUUCAACCAUUCCUCUUGCUCCUUCCUUCUACUUCUACUAUUUUUUCCACCUUCUGUAAUUUAGUAAUUUUUGUUUUUUAUUGUGCAUCCACCUUGUACACUUUAUCUUCUGCACAGUGGCCAUUUUGUAUACAUUGGAAUACUGAAAGAGAUGACCCGGUUUAAAAUGGAAAUCUCUAUUAACCUUAAUUUUGGGCAUUAAUUAUAUUAUAUAUUUAUAUAUACA